GUUAAGAAUCUUUGUCCGUGCGAACCAAAGCAGGAGGUGGCGUGAUUGAAUAAACCGUCCAUUUCCACGUUGUAUCCACAUUCCACUCUGUAGCUAGCAAGCGAGUGGCUGGUUGUUGUUUUUUUAAAUAAAAACCGGUGCCCUGUUUUCACAACAGUAGCAUAGGCAAACUCAUUUGACUUAACCCACAUCUGCAAUGCUCUGCUCGCUGUCGCUGAGCUAAGCUGAGAGCUCCAUUCUUACUUACCCGCCUCUGGUAAUCACCCAGAAAAAGAGUAACUUUAUACGUUUUCGAAAAGGAAAAAAGAAGGAAGAAGAAAAAGCUUGUCUACUAACCCCGCCUCGUUGAUUCUCCACUAUCUCCUUCCCUCUUUCUGCUUCCCUGGCUGCCAGCCUGCCAGUCAAUGGUUGUCCUCUGUUUCCACGACUAGUAGGUAAGCUUCGAAAAGCUUCCCCUUUUCCUCUGCAUUUCUUCGUUUCUAGGGUUCGAUUUUAGUGUUUGAUAUUUGAUUAUUCUGAUGAAAUCUCCCCGUCUCUCUAUCAACAACAUCUAUUGCUGCAAAUUUAUGGGAUGCAGUUGUGUUUUCGUGCUUUGCUGUGCGAAUCGCGGACUUUCGUCUCUCAUUACUUUUCAAAUCUUGUCCUUUGAUUGAUUGGUGGAAUUUCUUUUUCCUUUCCUUUGGCGUAUAUUUGAGAGUUGAGAUCUUCUGGGUUUUAAUCGGAUUUCGUUUGUGGUUUUCCCAAGCCUGUAGCUUUUGCUUGUAAUUGUUGGUUUCUAGGGGACUUUCUUGCUUGUGAAGUCUACAUAAAACUUUAGUCUUCACGUGGACAGAUUCCUUGCCCUCCUUAUCCAUCUGAAAAUUUGUCAUACCCAGAUGAAAAAGUUCCUUGCUUUUGGUUUCGGUUCUGGGUUUAUGAAAUUAUGAUACUAGGAGAAAGAAUGGAGACCUUGCAAUUGGAGUUUUCCAGGUUUUGAUGCCAAUCUCACACCUCCCUUCGUUUCUGUGUUUAUGGUAGGUAGCUCAACUGUGGGAGGAUAAAUGGGUUCAAGUGGAAAUGGGAAUCAGAAAGAUGAAACUGAAGAUGGAUCCAAAAACGGAGAGUCGCAAGGUCAAGUCUCUAUUGAACUCUCUAUUUCUAAGAGGACCUUACUGGGAAAUGACGACCUUCCCAAGAAGUCGCAACAAGACAGCUUACCUAAUGUAUCAAACCGUGCUGCCUUCCUCAAGUUCGGCUCUGCAUCUGCCAAAUUCAGGCAGCUUGCUAAGGAGAAGGAUGACACCUCCCGUUUGGUAGCUUCCUCCAGCAGCCGUGGCAUUAGAGACCGGAUUCAUGAGGUUUAUGCCAAGAAGAUUGAUUGGGCUUCUGUGUUCAAGAUGAGCAAAGAAUGGAUCAGGGACCCGAUGAAUUUGGCCCUUUUCAUAUGGAUACUAGUUGUCGCCAUAUCAGGUGCGAUCUUGUUCCUUGUCAUGACUGGAAUGUUGAACCAAGCUUUGCCUAGCAAGUCUCAGAGAAAUGCAUGGUUUGAGGUCAAUAACCAGAUACUCAAUGCAUUGUUCACCCUCAUGUGCUUGUACCAACACCCGAAACGGUUUUACCAUCUAGCACUGCUUAUUAGAUGGAGUCCUGACGAUAUCACUAAGCUUAGGAAGAUUUACUGCAAGCAUGGGACUUAUAAACCCCAUGAAUGGGCACAUAUGAUGGUCGUCGUGCUUCUGCUUCAUUUAAACUGCUUUGCACAGUAUGCAUUAUGUGGUCUCAACAUUGGGUACAGGAGAUCUCAACGACCACCACUAGGAGUUGGAUUGUGCAUAUCUAUCGCAAUAGCUGCCCCAGCAGCUGCCGGUGUAUACUCGAUCCUCAGUCCCUUAGGAAAGGAUUAUCAUUCAGAGACAGAUGAGGAAGCACAGGAGGGGAGUACUUCAAUUAGUGGGGCUCAGUUGUUGUCCAGAAAAUUAGAAAAGAGAUACUCAUUUGCAACAGGAGAUAGUACUGAAGUGAUGUUCGAGAGUAGACCACAGUGGAGUGGCGGGAUACUUGAUUUCUGGGACGAUAUUUCCCUAGCAUACCUUUCGCUCUUCUGCAGCUUCUGUGUCUUUGGCUGGAACAUGGAGAGGCUUGGAUUUGGGAACAUGUAUGUUCAUAUAGCAACGUUUCUGCUCUUCUGCAUGGCUCCCUUUUGGAUCUUCAACUUAGCAGCUGUCAACAUCGACAAUGAGACAGUCAGACAAGCUUUGGGAGUCACUGGACUAAUCCUAUGUCUGUUUGGCCUGCUCUAUGGUGGGUUCUGGAGGAUUCAGAUGAGGAAGAGGUUCAAUUUACCGGCCUAUACCUUUUGUUUCGGCAAACCGGGUGCCUCUGAUUGCACACUGUGGCUAUGUUGCUGCUGGUGCUCUCUGGCUCAAGAGGUUCGAACUGGGAACGCUUAUGAUGUCGUGGAGAACAAGCUACUGCAGAAACACAGCAAUGGUAGUAGUGGUAAGCAGCCAGUGUCUCCGCCACGUAGCCCAUGCCACAGUGCAAUGCCGAAUUCCUCUAGUCCUGUCAAGGAGUCUCCGGGAGCUAAGGAUCACGCUAUGGCCGCGCCAACUCCAUCAACAAUCGAAAGAGAUGGCAUUUCGGUGGAGAAUGGUACUGUCGAUUCUUGCUUACCGUCUGCAUCUGCAAACAAAGAGUGAGUGUGUGAUACAAAAGUAUGUGUGUAAAGUUGACAAUGGUUGUGUAUGUUCAUUUUACAAAUGCAAUGUAUAUAUCUCUCUCUCUCUCUGGCAUUAUCUCUUGGGCUUUCUCUGCCUCAUGAGUAUUCUAUGAUUGGGAACAUUUGACAAGACACUGUUUUGGCUAAUCACAGACAGUUUAGUUCUAUAGAGUUUUAUCUACUGGAGAAUAUGAAGCAGUUGUUAGUUAUGUAAGGUGAUCAUAGUUUUAUUCUGCUUUUGGUUUACUUGGAGCGGAGGGGCAGAGAUUGUGGAAGUAAUGGGCCUGUUGUGGGGAGCUGCUGGGCCCCGUUUGGAUAAUUUGUGUGUUCUCGGAAUAGGGAUGAGAUGGUUUGCUAACCCUCUGCCCUGUUAAUCGCCUUUCUUUUUAAUCUCUACAAAUCGAGGGUGUUUUAUUAUCAG